GUUCAUCCCUGGGCUGUAGUGACGAACAGCGGCCGCCAUUUUGAAAUCGUUCACAGUACACCUCGGCCAAAGCUGGAACUAUGCCGCGGGGCCGGCCUCGAAAACACAGGGAUAACACUGCCAACGCAGGAGAUGGAGGAGAGGAACCGAGGGUGGAGAGUGCGAGCAGCGCUGAACAUCGUUGCAGUAUCUGCCCUCUUACCUACAGCACCGAGAACCAGCUGCUCAAACACCUCAGAGAGCAUGAAGCUAACGACAAGCCUCACCGCUGCGAUAAGUGUCCCCAGUCGUACAACGUGGAGUUUAACCUCAGGCUGCACAAGUCGAUUCACAGCACGUCCGAGCCCACCUGCCCAGUGUGUGAGAAAAAGUUCACCCGAGUCGCCAGUCUCAAAUCUCACAUCAUGGUGCAUGAGAAAGAGGAGAAUCUGCUGUGCUCGGAGUGCGGCGAUGAGUUUGUGCUGCAGAACCAGCUCGCCCUGCACCUGGAGGAACACCGGCGAGAACUCUCCGGAACCCGAGUUUUUACCUGCAAGACCUGCAGCGCCGAGUUCCCCUCGGCUAGUCAGCUGAAGGAGCACAACCGCACCCAUGCAAAGAUCAGGGCUGUUGUGAGCAGCUCACGGAACUACAAGAGGAACAUUGACCGCAGCGGUUUCACCAACACCUGCCAUCACUGCGGCAAGACAUUUAAAAAACCCAGCCAGCUUGUCCGACACAUCCGCAUUCACACAGGAGAACGGCCGUUCAAGUGCACACACUGCGGUAAGGCUUUUAACCAGAAGGUGGUGCUGCAGACUCACAUGGUGCGACACACCGGCGAGAAGCCACACCUCUGCAUGCUAUGCCCCGCCUCCUUCUCUCAAAAAGGAAAUCUGCACUCACAUGUACAGAGAGUGCACUCUGAGACUGCAGGCGUCCCCGUGUACCCGUGUAUGGACUGUAGCUGUGUGUAUAAGAAGCUGGGCAGCCUGAACGCUCACAUCAGUAAAAUGCACAUCUCCAUCAUGGAGGUGGAGGAGUCGCCCAGCACACAGGAGGGGGCUGAACCUGGGCAGACAGGAGGUGGGACAGAAGGAACGGAGGGCGUGACCGAUGUGAUCCAGCAACUGCUGGAACUUUCAGAACAGGUAACGAGCGACAGCGCUCACGCUCCACCCCCUGGACCAGCUAUCACCAUGGAGACAGCUAUCAAUCAAGAUAUCUUGCAGCAAGCCCUGCAGAACAGCGGUCUCAGUUCGAUCCCAGUUCAGUCAGAUGCUCAGGGCAACGCUGCAGUUCCUCCACUCACCACAGAGGGCGCCAACACCCACCCAGCUCACAUCCACAAGCCCACAGGAACCUCACCACACAAACUGCUGAAAAAGGAGAAGAGGAGCAUCUUUAAAAAGAAUGUACAGUUUCCUGGCACUAUCAGGGAGGAGUGUGGAGUGCGCUGGCACGGAUGCCCAUACUGCUGUAAGGAGUUUAAGAAGCCGAGUGAUCUGGUGCGUCACAUCCGCAUACACACACACGAGAAGCCGUACAAGUGCGCACAGUGUUUCAGAGCAUUCGCUGUGAAGAGCACGCUCACUGCACACACCAAAACACACUCCGGCAUAAAGGCCUUCCAGUGUACACACUGCAGGAAGAGCUUCUCCACCUCCGGCAGCAUGAAGGUGCAUAUGAGGCUGCACACAGGUGUGCGGCCAUUCCCAUGUCCACACUGUGAUAAGGUCUUCCGGACAUCAGGUCAUAGGAAGACGCACAUCGCCUCACACUUAAAAAAUCUGCUGCAGAAAAAGCACAAAUUCCCACGGAAACCGAACCGAGCACGCGUCUCCAAACACAACCUACCGCUUCCUGAUAUACAACUCCAGGAGCCCAUCCUCAUCUCUGACCUGGGUCUGCUGCAGAAUCAGAACUCACGUGCUGCACUUCAGCAGUAUCUGGACAUCGUGGAGAAUGAGCGGCCGUACAAGUGCACUUUCUGCAACAAAGCGUACAAGAAGUCGAGCCACCUCAAACAGCACGUCAGGUCGCAUACAGGUGAGCGGCCGUAUAAGUGUGUGCAGUGCAGCAAGGGUUUUGCGUCGUCAGGUGUGUUGAAGGCUCACAUCCGCACACACUCGGGCCUGAAGGCGUAUAAGUGCCUGCUGUGUGACACUACCUUCACCACCAACGGCAGCCUGAGACGCCACAUGACCACGCACAGCGACCUUCGACCCUACAUGUGCCCUUACUGCCAGAAAACCUUCAAAUCCUCCCCCAAUUGCAGAAAGCACAUGAAGACACACAGGUAUGAAUUGGCUCAGCAGCUUCGACAGCAGCAGGGCUCAUCUGAAGCUCCGACUCUGGAAGAUCCAAUGGGAGGGGCCAGUACUGUGGAAGUCCCAAUGGGUGGAACCAGUGCAGUAGAAGACCCAAUGGGUGGGGCUAACACAGUAACCCAUGAGCUGCAGGUAGGAGCAGCAGGAUUGGCCACAUCCAGUUCCAUUAUGGGGGCGGGGCCUCAGACCAUGAUGCAAGUGGUGAGCGGAAACCAGACGGUGGCGCUAGGGGAAGCGCCUAUGGUACAGGAUGCAGAGUCAUUUGUGAACGCGCAGCACAUCAGCCAGUACGGGACACAGACCCUCCAACAACCUGCAUAUGACCAACCUGCACUGACACAAGGUUUCUCCAUCUCCGAAGGUUAUACCCAGCAUCCCACUCUUUCCUCGGUACAGCAGCUGCAGGAUUCGAGCACGCUGGAGUCGCAGGCACUAAACUCCACUUACACACAGAGCUUACUGAACGUGCACACCACAGAGACGACUGUUUUGCUACAGGAUUCAAAUCGGACGGAUUAUCAGGAUGAGGAGGAUGAGGAGGAGAACAGCAAGAGGACUUACAGGUGCAAUGUGUGCGAUAAAGGCUUUAAGAAGUCAAGUCACCUGAAGCAGCACAUUCGCUCACACACUGGUGAGAAGCCAUAUGGCUGCAACCUGUGUGGGCGGAACUUCGUCUCCACCGGCGUUCUCAAAUCACACCUGAACACACACACAGGUGUGAAGGCAUUUAAAUGUAAUGUGUGUGACUCCUCCUUCACCACUAACGGCAGCUUGAAUCGCCACAUGAUCAUCCACCUUAACACAAAGCCGGUCCGAUGUACUCUGUGUGAGCAAAGUUUCCGCACACCCCUGCUACGCCGCAAACACAUGAAGCUCUUUCAUGCUGUCGGGCCCAGAGUUCUGGACGGAGAUGAAGCGAGUGUGGAAGUUGAUGUUGGGGACCCCUCGCUGGCGAAGAGGAUCAGGUCGGGCAUCAUCACGUUUUCAGAGGAGCAGACGGCCGAGCUGGCUCAGAGUGAUCCGGGUAAUGAUGCCUCGGUCUCUGAGAAGGUCCUGAUCCAGUCAGCUGCAGAGAGAGAUCGCAUCAGCGAGAUCAAGGAUAAGAGCACGCUGGAGCUUGAGCCCAAGUUCCCUAAUCGCUGCCAGUAUUGCCCAAAGAGCUUCAAAAAACCCAGCGACCUUGUUAGACAUGUCCGAAUUCACACCGGAGAGAAGCCGUAUAAGUGUGAUGAGUGUGGGAAGAGUUUCACGGUGAAAUCCACACUUGAUUGCCACAUCAAAACACACUCAGGUCAGAAGCUGUUUACGUGCCACAUGUGCAGCACAGCGUUUUCCACUAAAGGCAGUCUGAAGGUGCACAUGCGCCUGCACACCGGCUCCAAACCCUUCAAAUGUCCCUACUGCGAUCAGCGUUUCCGUACGUCCGGACAUCGCAAAACACACAUGCAGUGCCACCUGAGGCCCAGCACUGAGAGCAGGAAGUCCAGACAUUCCGCUCAGAGCCAUGUCACUGCCCAGAAUGCACCGGGCCAGGAGGCUCCACCCACCGCAGCCGAAGCACUGCCUCCAGUGGGCCUCCUGCAUAGUGCGGGUGCUGACCCGAACAUCUACAUCCACAGCAACCCAGUCCUGACAGGACAGUAUGACCCGAACCUGCUGCAGCAAGGCAUCGUGGGACAGACUAUCCUUCCAGCUACCAUGUCAGCGAGUGGUGACCUGACAGUGUCCCUAACAGAAGGUUUGGCCACAUUAGAGGGGAUUCAGCUGCAGCUCGCACCAACAGGCCUGCUUUGUCCCAACGUCCAGAUAUCCGGCAUCGAUACGGCCAACAUCAACAACAUCACACUGCAGAUUGACCCUAGUAUCCUGCAGCAGACUCUACAGAGCGGUGUAUUAAGUAUUGACUCCACCUUGUCAUCCCACGCCAACGCACACCUGCUGGCCAGUGAUGCUGCAGGACACACUAAUGUUGUGAUCCAGAACCCGAGCGUUACCAUCGGCAACCUCACAGAGCAGGAACACGCAGGCUCGGAGCAGUUGGCUCAGGUGGUCGGAGCACCGGCGCUGGUGGGGAACGGCAGUUCAGGAGCACCGGAGAUCACACUCACCAUCAGCAACUCACAUGCACACACUCUCCCCCAAACACAGACUGACACACACACUCAUACCACUAAUACCAACACACUGGCCAAUAGCAACCAAGAGAUCACACUUACUAUAUCAGGUCAGGAUCUGUUGCCUCCACCAUGUGCAGGUGCAGGAGUGGAAAUGGGCGGGGCCUUGAGAUUGACCACACCUCCCUCCAGCAGCAACUCUCUGGCUCUCAGCUCUGAGCAGCUCCUCACCCAAAGCACCGCCCCCUCCAGCAUGGCAGUUACCACUCUGGCUCCCAGCACCUCUCUUUCCCAGAACAUGUCGAUGUCAUCAGGGAGCGUGACCACUGACAGCAACGUCACACUUGCAUUGGCGGAUACACAGAUGCUGGACACAGUUACACUGAACCUCAACACACAGGGUCAGCAGUUCCCAGCUGUGGUGUGUGAGGAGGCAUCAUCAGUGCAGCCGGCAAGCAUGACUCAACAGGGUAUACCUCAGUCAGAGGAAACCAAGGUGGCGAAUCAGUGUUUCUACUGCAGUAUGGAAUUCUCCUCAGCGACCAUGCUGCGCCGCCACUGGAGGAUAGAACACGGCAAAGAACGCUGCUACGUCUGCGGUGUGUGUAACAAGGCCUUCAAACGACAAACACACCUCAAGGAGCAUGAGUUUGUCCACACGAAUGGUCCGUCUCUGAGCUCUCAAAAGCCGCGCGUGUUCAGGUGUUUCAGCUGUGAAAAAGCAUUCGCCAAACCAAGCCAGCUGGAGAGACACAUCCGCACACACACAGGUGAGCGGCCCUAUAAGUGUGAGCAGUGUGAUAAAGCGUUUAAUCAGAAGAGUGCGCUGCACAUACACACCGUCAAACACACCGGAGAGAAGCCUUACAAGUGUGAGGUGUGUAGCAUCAGCUUCACGCAGAAGAGCAACAUGAAGCUUCAUAUGAAAAGGUCACAUGGCUUUGGUAAGCAGACGGAGGAGGGAAUGGAGGCAGACCGAGAGCAGGAGUGCAUUUCGGAGGCAGCACAGGCUCCGCCUCCCAGAAACGAAACUCCAGCAGGACUGCAACUGCACACAACAGAACAGGAGACACCGUCAGACUGGCAGUGUCCCAUCGCCAACGUCUUCCCCUAAGCCCUAACCACACACAAUUCUCCACUACACCCUACACACUCAUCUGCUGAAGUCUACUCAGUCUGAAAUCUACAGCCCCGCCCCCUACACCACAGAGUCAUUCACUAAACCCUAAACACUCAUCCUCUACUUCCUAUGCAUCAUCUCUUCUAUAUCCGUAUCAUCUAUUCAUCAUACAUCUCAUCUGCACUCUCUUUCCAUAUAUGUCCCCAACACACACAUACGCACACUCAUUCUCUCCGGUCAUUAUGCCAUUCAUGCACAUAUUUCAAGUUACACACACUUCGAAACACCGUCUAACAUUCUCAAGGUCAGAUUUGCAAGCUUUUUAUCAGUCAGAGUUCAAAGUGAUCAAUGUCUCAUUAUAAACCCCUUAAAGCCUAGAAAAUUCAACAGUUUAAUAAAAUGCUGCAAGAAGUUCAGUGAAAAAAGUUUUUUUUUUUUUUUUUUUUUUUUUUAAAUCUUCUCCAACAGACUGUAUAAGUGGCAGUGUUUUAUUGAUAAAAUCAGGAUUGGAUUUCUUAAAAAGGCCAUUAUGUUAUAUAAUAUGGUUAUAUUUGUAUAAAGCAUUUUUUUUUUAAUCAAUGUAUUGUCAUGUGUAAAUAAUUUAUAGGCAAGACAUGCUCAUAUCAGUGAUAAAACCUCAUUUCAUUGAUGGCUUUGCCAGUGUAUAAACAUUAAGCUGUAUACUUUGUCAG